CGCUCGCCGUUUACAAGAUAAGACCUGAUACGCGCAGUGGUAAAACUUACUGGAAAAAAAAAACACUUUUUUAAACAAAAAAAAAAUAAAUUCAACUUUUGUUAUAAAAACCGAAGAUACUUCAUCUACCAAGAGUUGCAUAGUGUAUCAAACGAAGAUUUUCGCAAAAUUCGGAUCAUAUUUCUAAAAAUAGAGAAAACGGAACAAUAUCAACUUUUCAAGUGAGAUAAAUUGAAACCCGGAAAAUUAUUUGAAUUGUCGAGAAGUGAACAGAACAGGACAUUCGCCAUGCUGACCAGACUUCAGUCUGUGGCCAUCAUUGUCUGCCUCGUGUACGUGCCUCAAUUCACAUUCGCGCUCUCAAGGAGACUAGCGCUAAACAAAAGACUCUCCAAGCAUGAAGAGUUUUUAAAGCCCAAACUGUUUUUCAAAAGCAAACCUUCAGAAACCAGCACCGUGCUUUACGAUACUAUAGUCUUAUCCUGUGAGGCGGCUGGGAUACCAAACCCAACUAUUCACUGGUUGAAGAAUGGAGAAAGAGUGCAACAGGGUACUUCCCACAAUGUCCAGGAUGAUGAGGCCGCCUUUGAGAAUGCCGCAGGUGACGAUCUGCCCAGACUCCAACUAGCCAACACUGUGUCCAAACUGUAUCUCGACUGUAUUACAGAAGAGGACGAGGCUGAAUACACAUGCGUUGCCGAGACGCCCUUGGCCAGAAAGACCCAAUCGCAUAAAGUUUUUAUUGACCCAAUUCGAGGAAAUCCGCGUCACAGGUGUUCCCUACACAAUGGAGAAAAACCCGCCAGAAUUUACAUGGCAACAAGUUCAAGGUUUGAGUAUGAAAAUGAACUGACCCAACUAUAUUGUCGUGCAGAGGGAAAGCCUACACCCACUAUUACAUGGUACGACCCAUUCAAUGAACCAAUCACAAACGCUGAUGGCUACAAGAUUGCCAAGAAUGGUGACCUCAUUAUCCUGAAUGCAACCUGGAAAGAUCAUAUGGGUGUGUUCACGUGUGUGGCAGACAAUGGUAUUGGCUCAGAUAAUGCCACAGCAUUCCUCUACCCUACUGGCAGAGGUUAAAGACAAGCUGAUCAAUCUGAGAUGUAAGGCAAGUGAAACUAGUCCAAGAGUUUACUUCCCCUUGAACUGUCUCAACGAUUAGUGGAUGAAAGGGAGAUCAUCGUACUGGAAAAACCACAAAAGAAUCAUUGGCUCUGAUUAUCGUGAUUUGUAGAUAUAAAAAAACAGCAACAACAGUUUAAUAUAUAAAAGAAAGAAAGAUGUGAGUGGAGAGAGAAUGCUCUUUUUGUUUUUCUUUAAUUUGAUUUGAUGUUUUUUUGAGGCUUCAAACUACGUGAUCUGAAUUCCUUGAAAACAAGACCUGAUUUGUUUGUGAGGCUUUAGGUUGAGGGCGAACUAGAUGUAUUGAUCUUCUAAAUAAAGGGAGAGCAUUCAUAUACAAUUCACCUGAAUAUUUUGAAGGGCACACAAUUGUAUCUACUGAUCACUAAUUUAUUUUGUUUUGUUUUUAUUCUUGACGUAGUGCAGGCGAUAGACAGUAUGGAGUCUUUCACCAACUCUGUUAUGUCAAGAUCGAUAUUUAAAUUAACAAAUAAUUCUGACAUUUGAAUUUACAUGUAUAUUUUUAUUUUAAUAUAUUUCUAUUUUUAUGGCUGCCAUCAUGGUUGUAUUGUAAAUACCCAAUUUAUUUAUUAAAAAGUUCAUCAUAAUCAUUGUAACUGUCCUCCUCUUAUCUGUCUUCUUCAAUGUGUUGAAUACUCAGAUAUGGCACUGCAUUAUUAAUUUGUUAAAAGCUUAGUCUCCUAUAUUAGUGUUAGAAUGAAGUGUUCCCUUUCUCUCUAUCUACUGUUUAAAACUAUUGUACUUUUACAGCCAUUGCUAAACAUUGUUUUUUGAUUCAUUUAUGUUGAUAAUAGUUUGUUAUUCUUGUUAGAAUACAUUAAAGAAAUAGGGGGUCUCUUUCUAGGAACUUGCUUUGAUGUCGGACUAAUGAAAUGAAAGAAGGAACACAUUGGAGGGACAGUUUCAUGAAUUUUAUUGUAAAAGAUUUGUUUUGUUUCAAUCUCUAGUUUGAUCCUAUUUUUAACAAGAUGCAUAACAUUGAAGUUUAGGAGAACAUUCUAAUAGCUACAACAGCUAAGACAGUUACGUAACAUAAGCACUCCAUGGUUUAUACCACAGCGGCACUCAAAGGGGUAUAAUGUUUUAUUCAAAUUGCAAAACAAAAGCCACAACAGAGAUGAAUAGGAGAUUUUCAUACAUGGCGAAAAAACUAUAAAUAGGCAGAUUUUUGGUGUAUCCGGCGUAGAAAAUGUAGGAAGUGUUGUUAAGCUAGCCUUUUUUUUUAAUCAAAUGUUCAAAUUUCUUGUUCGUUUAUAACACGAACUAAUUUCAGUCUGGAAGAAGCAUUCAACUUUCACUCUAAGACUUCAAAAACAACUAAGGAGCUAUGAUACAUGAGACUUAACAUGAAGAAAACACUGCCUUGUAUUGAGAUAGUGUUUCAAGUAUAUUGUAGUUCAUUUUUGUUUAGUUGGCGACAGUGAUUUUCAAUUUAGCGACCUUGACAUUGUUUAAUUUAGUGUGAAAUACUUCAAUCAUCUUUACAUCAUAAUGUGUCCAACUGACCUAGUCCUAGAGAACAAUAAGAGAAGAUAAUGCUAAGCAGUUAUGAGUGAUUUAGUACACAGAGUGACAUGCUUCAAUGCUUGAUGUGUUUAUGUACAAGAGUUUGUUACAUUGAGUUUGUUACAUUAUGACUUUGUUAUUUAUUUUGAGAGAGUUCAAACUGAUUUGAAAAUGUAUUUGAUCAGACAGAAACACUUGAUGGGGGCAAAAAUAAAAUUUGUUGCAAUGUGAAA